AUGCGCCUUUCUCCAUUAUUUGUAUCUUGUGCACCUCAAAAGCCGCAGAUUGGUGCUGGAGCACAGUCGAGUCAAAGCAGUCAAGUUGAGACUGUAUCUUUGGGAAAUGAGGAGUUAAAUGAGUCGGGUUCUACCAGUUCAGGUGCUACUGAUUUUAAUAAUAUCAGCAAUGGCGUGGAGAAAGGUGCUUCCAAAUGGCAGUUAAAAAGAAAGAGGAACUCUAGACACACAAGUAAAAGCAAAAAACAAGUUUUAAGAAAAGAUAUGGAUGUGGAUGAGGAAUCUGACUUGACCGGUAUGGAGCCACGGGAUGUCUUCUCUCUUGGUUCCGGUCGGAAAGAUGAUUGCAAUCCCAUUGGGGGAUCCGUCAGUUCAGACAGCUGCACCUACCGACCACACUCCAGACCAGUUCCUGGGACCCAAAUAGAUGAGUUUCAAGGUUGGGGCACACAAUUUUCUCAUAAGGAAGCCCGUAUGAGGGUGCCUACAGCUGAAGUGCUAACUCCCCAAAGGUCACUGCCAUACCGUCAGUCGCGCUUUACAGUCAACCCAAGAUAUGAAAUAUCAGAUUUUCCUCUCAGAAAUUGCAAUGCUGAUUCGCCCUUGUAUGAUGUUAAUCUGGAGGUGAAAGCCAGCUAUCGUCCUCAGCAUGUUCCUUAUAUUUCUCUCAUGAGCAAAUUGAAUGGUCAACCCAUUACAGGCCACCCUCUUACAAUUGAGGUUUUGGAAGAUGGCUAUUGUGAUCUUAUGUUGAGUGUUUCUGAAUGCUAUAGUAGCAUCUCUGAGUUAGAUGACGGUGUGGGUGAAAAUACAUUGGCUUUGCAAGGUGUUGAUAUGGCUAAUGUAAGGAGGCCAAAUUCAGAUGGAAGAAUUCCUACUAAGCAUAUUGCAUUGCAGUCACACGUUUCACCGAGAAAAUCACCCAAGUCAAGGAAAAAUGGGUUCUUGUCUAAAAAGAUCCGGAAAUUGUCUUCAUUAACUGGUUCUCACAAGCUAUGUGUAGGAGAGAAGAAGCCAGUGGUAGAGAAGCUCAAGGGUCCUGCUGUAGCUUGUGUCCCCAUUAAAGUAGUUUUUAGCAGGAUAAAUGCCACACUGAGCAGCACGAUGCGGCCUGCCCACCGUGUGAUGACUCCAAGCAAGGUGUAAAAUUUGUUUCUUGGAUACAACAGUCGAGGUUGUGGGAUUUUUUUUUUUUUUU